GGGUUGGCAGUCUUUGGUUGUAAAUCCAUGUGGGAGGAGGAUGGGUGGGUUUAAGUGCAGCUAUCAGGUCUUUUCUUCUCGCGCGCUCCGAGGUGCGCACAGACUGAGGAGAAAAUCAAAGAGGAGGUCCACCUUCCCAUGCGAUGUGCAGCAGCUUCAACAUCUGUGAAGUGGCUUCCUCACCCGGUCGGACCGGAGGCCGUCUGGUCUCAGACCUGGUCUCUGGAGUGUCCAGGGGAGACUCGACGCGCUCCGUCGGGGCCAGGCUGUGCGCCUCUCGGAUCUCCCCGGAGCCGGCGCGGGCUCUCGCCAUGGAGAUGAUGGAGGGGAACGUUAUGGACAAGCUGGAGGACAUGUCAUCCGUGUACGACUUCGACCCGAUUACCGGCAACAUUCCGGCCACUAAAGUGGAGAUCACCGUCUCCUGCAGAAAUCUGCUGGAUAAAGACACCUUCUCAAAGUCUGAUCCAAUGUGUGUACUUUACACGCAGGGUGUUGAAACCAAACAGUGGCGAGAGUUUGGAAGGACAGAGGUGAUAGACAACACCCUGAACCCCGACUUUGUUAGGAAGUACAUCUUGGACUACUUUUUUGAGGAGAAACAAAAUCUUCGCUUUGACUUGUACGAUGUUGACUCUAAAAGCCCAGACCUGUCCAAACAUCCCGCAGAACUCAAUGACUUUUUAGGUCAGAUGUUCUGCACUCUCGGGGAGAUUGUUGGAUCACCAGCCAGUCGACUUGAAAAACCACUGGGGGGGAUCACUGGGAAGAAAUGCGGCACAAUCAUCCUGACAGCAGAAGAGCUCAGCAACUGUCGAGACAGUGCCACAAUGCAGUUCUGUGCCAACAAGCUGGACAAAAAGGACUUUUUUGGCAAGUCUGAUCCUUUCAUGGUUUUCUACAGAAGCAAUGAGGAUGGAACGUUUACUAUCUGCCACAAAACAGAGGUGGUGAAGAACACAUUAAAUCCAGUAUGGCAGCCCUUUACCAUCCCAGUGAGAGCACUCUGCAAUGGGGACUAUGACAGAACAAUCAAAGUAGAGGUGUAUGACUGGGACCGGGAUGGCAGCCAUGACUUCAUUGGGGAUUUCACUACCAGCUAUAGAGAGCUAGCUCGAGGGCAGAGUCAAUUCAACGUGUACGAGGUGAUCAAUACGAAGAAGAAAAUGAAGAAAAAGAAGUAUGUUAACUCAGGAACAGUGACUCUUCUCUCAUUCUCUGUUGAGUCAGAGUUCACCUUCCUAGAUUACAUCAAGGGAGGGACACAGAUCAAUUUCACUGUGGCAAUAGAUUUCACAGCAUCUAAUGGUAAUCCCUCCCAGUCUACAUCUCUACACUACAUGAACCCCUACCAACUCAACGCCUACGCCAUGGCCCUGAAAGCUGUGGGUGAAAUAAUUCAGGACUACGACAGCGACAAGAUGUUUCCAGCUCUAGGCUUUGGAGCAAAACUGCCUCCUGAUGGGAGAGUGUCUCACGAGUUCCCACUGAAUGGAAACAUGGAAAAUCCUUAUUGCAAUGGUAUUGAAGGGAUCCUAGAGGCGUACCAUCAAAGUCUGAAGACAGUGCAAUUAUACGGUCCAACAAACUUUGCUCCUGUGGUGAACCAUGUUGCCAGAUAUGCAGCGGCGGUGCAGGACGGCUCUCAGUACUUUAUCCUCCUAAUCAUCACAGAUGGUGUCAUUUCAGACAUGGCCCAGACCAAAGAAGCCAUCGUAAAUGCUGCCAAGCUUCCUAUGUCCAUCAUCAUUGUAGGAGUGGGUCAAGCUGAGUUUGACGCUAUGGUGGAACUUGAUGGUGACGACAUAAGAAUCUCAUCCCGAGGGAAACUGGCAGAGAGAGACAUUGUACAGUUUGUUCCUUUUAGAGAUUACAUGGACCGGACAGGAAACCACGUGUUAAGCAUGGCACGGCUCGCCAAGGACGUGCUGGCAGAAAUCCCAGAUCAGUUUAUUUCCUACAUGAAGAGCAGAGGAAUUAAACCCAACCCUGCGCCGCCACCAUACACUCCGCCUGGACACACACACCACCACACACAAAUCUGAGGCCCUUCUUUUAGAGUUUCACUGAGGACAGAUAGCAUGCAGCAGACACUCAGAGUUCAGUGGGAACUCUCUACCUCCUGAUUUAAGUAUUUAAUUUAUAUUUUUUGCUGUGAACAGAAGACCAAGAAAUGGGUGUAAAAUGUCGUGCUGAACCCUCCCACUGAGUGCAGAAACAGCUGUUUUUUCUUUUAAUUUUUUGGUAUGGUUUUGUUUUUGCUGUGAUACAUUUCUUUGUAGUUUCUCUUCAGGAGAUGCUGACCCAACUUUUUCAGGACUUGUUGCUGAAAGCCUUUCAGGCUGUGACUGUUUCAUGUCUUUUGAUAGCAGGUUGAUUCAAAGAGGUCAUGUAGUGGUUAAACCUUGUGCCUGUCUGUGCGUGUUUCUCUAAGUGUAUCAGGAUAUGUGAACUUGACCCAAACCCUGCUAGUCAAUCAUCAGUGUGGCCUAAUGCAGUAAUAUUUUUUAGCCACCUUUUCCUUCUCAAAAUAGUUUUUAUAUCGGGGAUAUAUCUCCAUUUCUGAUAACAUGACAGUACCAGUGCUUUCCAAACGACACCGCCUCCUUUCCUCUUUAAUACUAAAUGUUUGUAUGAGCAUGUCGUAUGAGAUUUAUCAGCUUUUUUUCUUCUUUUUUUUUGAGUGGCAUGAAAAUUUAAUACAUUUGAUUUUUAACGAAAGACAUCUAAUCAAUUUUGUAUUCACUACCAAUUAUUUUUGAGCCACUAAAUAUAAAAGAUAGCACAGCAGCUACAAUGACUGUACCAGAGUGGUUGUGUACUUGUUGGAAUGCUGCUAAUCGUUUACUUUUAGGAAGCAUUCUUCCUUAACUAUUUCACUCCACCACUAUCUUUUAAUAUAAAAUAUAGCAUUAGUUUGGAAAAAAGAACUGUUUGCUAUGACACUAUUUGUAGAUGGUUCAUUGAAAAACCCAGUAUUUAUACAAAGGUGUGUAAAGGGCCAGUCCAAGGCAGAUGCAAACUAAACGGCUGCUUAAAGCCACAAUAAUCAAGCGUGCCUCAAGAACAGUUGAAUUCCCAUGCAGAGCAUUUAUCUUAAUUCCUCUGUUCUAUUUCUUCACACUGAACAUAAGUUAAAAUAUUUUACAAUGGGGAUACUUUCCACCACAAACUGUUCCAGUAGUUAUUCAGUAGUUUCUUAAUUAUAUUACAUUUUAAAACAAAAUGGUAA